CUUCAAUUGUCUAUCACCCAGCAGCAGCUGAAUAUAGAAGGAAUAGCUGUUUUUUUUUAACUGAGCGAGUUCAAAACAUUCAAGACUCAUCCAGGCCAAACUUCCCCCUCAACACCCCACACCCAGUCGCAGGGGUUGAUCAGCCUGCGUCUAUUUUAUCUUAACUCCUCACACGUCACAACCAGACUCUCCUCUGCCUUGUCAUCUGAAGCAGACAACUACGACAUUCCUUAGGAACCGCCAUCUUCAUCUCCCCCCGAGGAAACAAGAGAAACAGCAGAAGCAACCCUAAAUUAAAUCCACUUGUAACUCGUCUCUUUGCGAUUACAAAAGCAAUCGACUUCCUCCGCUCGAUUUGCCACUUCCCUCUCCCACCCUAUUCUAAAAAAGCCUCCCACCACCUACAUAUCUGAACUAUACAUUAUACAUAGAAAAGGAAAUCAAGAAGAAAGAAAACUUGACCAUCGACUUCAGACUCAGUUCAAACCAAUCAACCAACCAACACUCUUGCUCUCUCAACAUGCCUUCUUCACCUAAAGUUGUUCAUGGAAUAUUCGCAUUCGGGAGUCUCUCGGCAGCCAUCAGCUCAGUCUUGAUUUCAAUCCGGAUGGGAGCCUUGGACUUCAUCAAACAAAACUUUAUCGAUGGGCUUUGUGUCGACGUCUGGGAUGGGUUUUUCCGGUCGCCGAAGAACCUUAUUGCGAUUGCAUUCCUCGGCUACCUACCGCUCCACUGUUUAUCGGUCCGAGCCCCGGCGUCGAUGAUAUGUCUAACAGGUCUGAUGGCGAUCCCAUCGAUUCUCUUCUUCAUUGCCACCUUCCUCGAGCUCAUGCCAGUCGUUCUACCAUUGGGUGCCAUCCUUCAUGGCCUCGCCCUCUUCGGCCUCGCCGAACUCAGACUUGCUCGUCAACCUCUUCCCAUUCGUCCUUCCGUCUCCUUCGCUGAGUCUCCCAAAAAAAAAACUUCUAAAUCUUCCCUCCGGUCUCUUAAAAAACCCGCGCCCAACUCCGCCUCCACUCUUCGAUCCUCUUCCCUCAAUCACUCUAACCCUUCGCCCAUCUCGCUCUCUCAGAAAUCUAAGCCCGGCCCCCCUUCUCCGAUCUCGAAGCGCAAACGUCGUGAAUCUUGAUCAACCAAUCUCUCAUAUAACGCCGAUGAUCAUUUUUCCAUCUAUUUAUUAAUCUCCAUUUUGUAAACAUACACCGCAUCCAAUGCUUUAUAUUUCUGUUCAUAAUGCAUAUUUUCUUCUUUUCCAUCCUCUUUCUUCUUCUCUUUACUCUUUUGUGUCUGCCUCUUUAUCUUACUUCUUUUCUUUGAUUACAACUAUAAACAUGCAGCAUCUAGAAGGGUUUUCUUUCCAUCCUCUUUCUCUCCUUCUUUAUUUUCAAACAAAAAAGCAUUCACAUAUUACAUGAUACACAUUAUAUACAAAUAUAUAUUUAAUUGAGAUAUGUAACAAUAGCAAUACCAAAGCAAAAACAAACAAAACAGGAUGACUAGGAUUGGGAAGGCCUUGUAUAACCUUGAAGAAAGCCUUUCAUAGGCAAUGCAAGCAAAAUUGUGCAGUGAUAGAUCAGAUA